AUGCUCCUCCUCCGCGGCGUCCGUGCCGCCCGCGCCCUUCCUCCCGCUUCUGCUCCCCGCCUCGCGCGUACCCUCCUCGCCCCGUCUUAUGACCGUUAUGUCGAACUGCCGAGCCACAACGGUGCCGACUUUGACGUGGUCAUCGUCGGUGCAGGCUAUGCCAUGUUCGGGAGUCCUGAGGGACCGUGGAACAUGUCGCGCCGCGCAGAGGUCAAGCUAGGUCCUCGGCUCAAGGUACACGCCGUGAUUGAUCCAGAUGCCGAGCGGGCCAAGCGCGCCCUCGCCGAGAAGGGCAGUACCUUUGCAGCCACGAGUUACGAGCGCACCGUCGUCCUCCCAUCUCUCCAAGCUUAUGCAGACAAGGUGCGCGCCGGCACCGCCCCAUCUCCAAAGGCGAUCUUCGUUGCCUGUCCGCCCCAGUUCCGUGGUGGGGUUAGUGCCAGCAACGAUCUCGAACUCGAGAUCAACAAGCACUUUCCAGACACCAACUUCUUCGUAGAGAAGCCCGUGGCGACCGGAAUUCCAUGGCAAACGUCCGUCGACGGAGCAAAGGAGGUCGGCCGCGUCCUUGCCGCCAAGGCUAAUGGCGUCGUCGGGGUCGGUUACUGCCUCCGAUACCUGCAGGCCGUGCAGAAGAUGAAGCAGAUCAUUGAGGAUAACAAGCUCAACGUCAUGGCUACCAUGGGAAGGUAUAUCAUGACCUACGAGCUGGCCAUCAAGCAAGAGUGGUGGCGUAACUCUGGAUGCCAGGGCCCAAUUAUCGAGAACGGGACGCAUAUCGCCGACCUGAGUCGAUACUUUGGCGGAGAUGUCGACUUGUGCUCUCUCACCACUUAUCAUGUUGAGGCAGAUGAGGCUCCCGGUCAUCUUUCCAAGACCAACUUUGACGACGACGCCAUUCCACUCGAAGACAAGAUCCCCCGCGUUACCAGCACCAAUUGGAAGUACAAGUCUGGCGCGGUGGGAAGCAUCCUCCAUGGCACCAUCCUCCAGGACGGCGAUUACGCUAUCGAGCUCGCAGUCUAUGCGGACGGGUACCAGCUCAUCCUACAGGACCCGUAUGGCGUACCGUCGCUCAGCGUGCGCGCGCCAGGACAGCCCAACCCAGAGGUCAUGCCAACCCCAGGAGACGACCCGUACACGACUGAGAUGAGCAACUUUAUCGACGCGAUCGAAGGAGGGCCUGACCCCCGCAUCUUGUCAACGUUUGAGGACGCGGCCAAGACAUACGAGUUUACGUGGGCGAUCCGGAACGCAGGCGAGGCGGUCACGCGCAAGCGCCGCUCACGCGCUGUUGGGUAG